GUGCGAAUCAAAGCAGAAGACGAAAACAGACCAGAGAAAUCAAACAUCUUCUCUUUUUUCUUACAGUAACAUUAACAAUGCAAACGCUUCUACCGCCGGCCACAUGCGCCGGCAGGUUCACGGCGGUUCCGCUUUCCGUCUCAGCCAUUUCCGUCCCUCGUCUUCCUCGUAGACUUCACCAACCGAAUUCCUUGCCCUCACUCCCUCUCAAACUGACUAGUUCUUCACCAUUUUCCACUUCCUUCGUUUCUCACCGACCAUGGAAGCUACCAUUCACUGUAACCGCUUCUUCACAAGCUUCUCCAACUUCCACUCCUUCUAACGAAGAAUCCGAGAAAGUAAAACUCGAUCAGGUGUCGAAGAGAUUGGAGAAGACGGCGAGGCAUUUCAAGCGUUUAGGUGGCUUAGGGUUUUGGGGUCAGCUAGUGUGCACCGUUGUUUCAGCCGUUAUACUAUCGUUUUCCGUUGUCAUCACCGGAAAAGUCACAUCGCCGGCUACGUUUUAUGCUACAGCCGGUGGAAUUGCAGCUGCUUUCAUUUCAGUGUUUUGGUCCUUUGGUUACAUUCGGCUCUCUGAGAAGCUUCGGAGAACUGCAAACGAACCUACCAAGGCACCCCCUCGGUCUGAUGUAGUGAAAAGCUUACAAAAUGGUAUAGUAUUGAAUCUUUUGGGGAUGGGUGCUGCUAUUCUUGGGAUGCAAGCCACUGUUGGAUCCUUAGUUGCAAAGGCUCUCACUUCCUCCGCCAGCCCAUUUUAUCAGGGAAUCUCUCCUGGUUCCAGCCCUGUUCUCGCAUUGGAUGUCUUUUUGGUGCAGGCUUCAGCGAACAUAAUUCUUUCUCAUUUCCUUGGGCUAGUAUUCUCACUGGAGUUGUUGAGAUCGGUCACAUUACCACCUUCAGAAGCUCUUCCAUUUCUGAAGUUUGCAUAAGGUGGACCUCAAAUCUGUCUUGAUACAGCAUUUAAGGCCCUCUCCGUUGGUGGUUGACAUCUUAUAUUUCCAAGUUGAAAAGAACCUGUGCAAUGUUGUUAAUAAGCAUGAAUCAUGAUAAAGCGUCGACAAUUCAAGAGCAAAUUAUCAGUGGCUGGAGUUUUUCUGGUACAUGUUUGGUUCUAACCUUAUCACCCUCGUUACUUAUCUACAGUAAAUGUCGAAUGUAGAACUUUCAAAUGAUUGUAUAUUUAGACCUGUCAUGCAAUAUCAGGGGUUUUUGUAUCUUUUUUUGAACUCAAAAUACUACCUAUGUUUGAAAAGGGAUGUGAAGAGUUUGUAUCUCGGGAGUAGUUUUUCCAAUGGUCACAUUCUGCACUUGCAUCAAUUUAUUAUACUUCAAUUUCGUA